UAAAUACAAACACCCAACAUACACAUAAUGGCAACUCAAAGCUCUCAUAUUCCUAUGAUCAUAUUCUUUGUCAUUGCAUUAUUUUGCUUCAUUAGCAAUUCUAAUGCUCGCUUAUUAUCGGAGAAAUUAACAUGGAAACGACUAAUAAUUGUCGAUCAGUCAGGCAAAGGCAAUUAUAUGAAGAUACAAGAUGCAAUUGAUGCAGUUCCUUCAAACAAUGUAGACUCCACUCUUAUCCUAGUAAAACCUGGAAUUUACAAGGAAAAACUUAUUGUACCUGAAGAUAAACCUUUUAUAAUGCUUAGUGGACGAAAUGCGUUAAAUACUACAAUUACAUGGGAUGAUAGUGGAGAUAUUUUCACAUCUCCUACUCUCUCUGUCUUUGCAUCUGAUUUUGUGGCUCGAUACCUUACUAUUCAGAAUACAUAUGGGCCGGGUGCAAAAGCAGUUGCUUUGAGGGUUACGAGCGAAAGAGCAGACUUUUUUGCAUGCAGAAUUAUAUCAUAUCAAGAUACACUUUUAGAUGAGCGAGGAAGUCAUUUUUAUAGCAAUUGUUAUAUUGAAGGAGGAACUGAUUUCAUUUGUGGCAAUGGAGCCUCUCUUUUCCGGAAAUGUCGUAUACAUUCUGUUUCUGAUCAAAAUGGAGCUAUAACGGCACAAAGAAGGAUGAAAUUGGAAGAAGACACUGGAUUUUAUUUCGUAGAUUGUAAGGUUACGGGAAUCAAAAGUUGCACAUUAGGAAGACCAUGGGGACCACAUUCUCGAGUUGUAUUUAUACGUAGUUACUUGUCUAAUGUGGUAAACCCUCAUGGUUGGGAUGAUUGGGGCAAACCCUCUACACAUAGUUCUGUGUACUACGGUGAAUACAAAUGCUACGGUCCUGGAGCCAACAGAUCGAACAGAGUUCAGUGGUCGCAAAGCCUCAGUAAUGAAGAAGCCACUACUUUAAUUACUAAGACCACGAUUAGUUCCAAAAUACGGAUCAAACAUUAAUUAACAAUAAGAAUUACUUAUCUAAAUUCUGAUGUACGUUCAUAUAUGUUUUUAGAAUGAUUAUUGUACUGUACAUACUACAUACUAGUAUAAUUCUUUGUUGAUAGACCAUUUUUUAUUGAAUUAGUUAAAUUUUAUAUUCAUU